AUAUGGAUCCUGCACAAAAUACAGUUGAAGAUCUGAUGCUGAGGAUCUGUCACAUGGAAAGGGUAAAUCAAUCCAAAGGGGUUUGUCUCUACACUGUGGAUGGAAUGCCUUUGACAGACGAUCCCUUCUUCAACACAUGGUCUUUAAAAGACAGACAUAUUGAAAAUAAGGAUGUGAUCUAUGCCAUAUUCACACCAAAGGAGAACCUGAAAGCAGCUCCUCAUGUGCCGAUGCGAGAAGUUACUGAAACCAACGGGACUGAUAAAGUUCGAUGCCACAUCAUGCUCAAGGGAGACUUUGAGGUGACGGUGAAUUUGGAAAGCGACACAAUAUCUAAUUUGAAGAACAAGCUCGCCAAUGAAAGUGGAAUCCCAGGACAUGUCCUUCAUUACAAAGGCGGACAUGGUAAUGGAAGCACAUUGGAAAGUUGUGGAAUCUCAGAGGAGUCGACAGUGCACUUCUCCCUGUCCACGUUUCCUGAUGACGUUCCAGACCAAAACGACUUCUUCAUUGAUGAUGUGGUGCCCUCGGUCCAGCAAACCCCCAAAGGAAUCAGUUUCUUCUUGUCCUCACUUUAUGUCAUUAAAAACAGGGGUCUAGGACUUGGAAACAAUCAUGUGAUUGCAUACAUACGGAAACUGACUGGAUGUAACCCUCUGGCCCAAAGUUUGUAUCAGUUACUCAGCAGAAAUGAGGUCAUAUCCAGGAAUCAGAAGAUCGCAGUGGUUGAGGGCUUGUACGUGCUCUUUAGAGAGCUCUUGCCAACGCUUGGAACAAAGCGUGGAGACAGGAUCAUUGACGACCUUGAUGUCUUUGAGUAUUCAACAUACUGCUGGGCACACCUCUUAUCUGAAGCAAAGAAAGAAACGGCGGACCACGAGAACUACGCACCAUUUUCUCUGAUGUCUGAAGAUGGCAGCCGUUUCUGUGAUCCAGUCAAUGUACCUGGAAUACCAGGUGUUUUUGAAAGAGCAGUUGUACUUCAAAAAAUCAAAGAUGGCGAGAAGAUUCCAAACUGCCCUGAAGUAGUUUUGAGAGAAACGUCCCUCACCAGAGCCACCGACAUUGAGAAGAUGUUGCUCAGCAUUCAUCCGUCAAUUAAAACAUAUCAUCUCUGGAUAUCUCAUGGCAGUGUGACUGGUCAGAACUUUCACAUAAAUACUGAGAAGACAUUUGGAGACAUGGCAGAGGAAUUGAAAGCUUUUCCUCAACUUGCUGUCACUCCACCACUGCUUCUGAAGGACCUGGGUUUGGAUGAUGUACGUCUGGUUUUCCUGAGUAAAGAGAAGCUUGGUGUCUAUUUGACUAAAAAUAAGGCAUCACCUUCGCAAAUCGAAGUGCAUGAUUGUCUGGCUGGCAAAACAAAUACUAUGGAUGUGAGUGUAUUAGCAAAUAUAACUGGUGACCAUAGGGAUGACUCUUCAGUUGUCACAACCGGGACACCAAAAGAAGCUAUACUGGUGAUAAUAGAUGCGAGUUCAUCCAUGGAAGAGAAGUGCUAUGGAAGUGUGGACAUACAGAAAAUCCAUGCUGUUAAAGAGCUUUUUGACAACUUUGCAACACGGACCAUGGCUUAUGACUUUCAUCAUGUCAUUGGCCUUGUGAAGUUUAACUCUACAGUGGAAACUCUCCAUACAUUGACGGAAUCACUUGAGAAGUUCAAGGAACAAGUGCGCACCCUUAACGCAACCGGAGCAACUAAGCUGUACGAUGCCCUGCAACAUGGAAUUCUUGAGUUAGAAAAAGCAAAGAAGUUUGAAGACUGUAAACUUCGGAUUCUUUGCCUCACAGAUGGAAAUGAUGUUGGAUCUUUAUACAAGCCCGAUGUUGUUGCUGCCAACCUGAUCAAAUCCAACAUCAUUGUGGAUUCAGUUCUUCUUGGAAAAGUAGAGAACAAUGUUCUUUGUGGAAUCAGCAAUGCAACAGGGGGUUGCUGUUUCAAACCAGAGACGAGCAAAGACGGUCUGAAGAUUUUUGAGAUUGAGACUGUUCUCUCUUUGGAGUGGAGGAAACCUAAGAACAAAGCUGACCCAUCUUCCAUCACAAUAAGUUUUUUAACAGCCAAUCGUAAGUAUGAUGAAUUUCCAGAGACCGUCUUGCCAAGUCAGAUGAGCAGUAAAGUGACAGUAACAGAGAGUGCUCUGAAAAAGAAGAUGCGAGACGACAAAAUUGGGAAAUUGAUGGAUAAGGAGAAACGUAUCCUGGAGGAGCUGAGGAGCCUGCAUUGUGACCCACACCCCUACUUUACAAUCCUCCCAUCAGAAUCUGACUUCACGUUCUGGAAGAUCCUCAUGGAUGGACCUCCUGACACAGCCUAUGAGAAAGGAGCCUUUGAGCUGUUCUGCCAGUUUGGUCCUGACUACCCAGUGAAGCCUCCACUUGUUCGCUUCGUCACACGUGUGUACCACUGUAAUAUCAACAGUGUUGGGCGCAUCUGCCACAACAUAUUUGACCGGAACUACAACGCCCAAAUCACCAUGAGAGAUAUCCUCAAUGCUGUAUAUGGACUGCUCAUCGUCCCUGAGCCUGAUGAUCCACUGGACAGCAUUCUGGCUGAGGAAUUCAUGACCAGCCGGGAGACGUAUGAAAAGGAGGCCAAAAAACACACAGAGGAAACCGCCUCGCAAUCACGGGAGGACAUGGAGAAGAAAUUGGUGGAUCCUGGAAAACAGAGUGCACCCCAACAUCUGAUCUGUCCACUUACCAAGAAGAUGUUUGUUGAUCCAGUGAGAACAAAAUACGGAAAUGUGUAUGAACGAAAGGCCAUCGAAGAAUACCUCAAAACAAACAAACAUGAUCCAAAGGGUGACCCAGCAGAACCGCUCACCAAAGCUGAUCUCAGACCAGCCAAUGACAUGAGGAACAUGGUGAAGGAGGAGCGUGCAAGACAACUUCAGGAAAAGUAGCAAGACGUUGGAGCUACAACUGUUGGGUUUUAUAUCAGAUCACAGUAAAAAUGGCAAUAAAAUAUAGAUAGUU